UCUCUGCCUACCCGCUCGCUCGACUGCCCAGCUUGGCUCAGUUGCUGCUACCAGCAGUCUCUCAGCCUCUCCACCUUCAAGAUGCUCUGCCAGGAUCCACUGAGUACGGAGUGGGACUGUCCCCUGGGCUCCAAGGACCUGGAUGGAAAGGAAGGACCAUGGAAAGGAAGCGCUCCCCUGCCACCCACUGGGUGCUUCCCUGGGCCCUGGCGCCAGGAUGUUAGCCUGGACUGCAAGGGGUCCCCAGAAGAGGCUGAGGCUCGGGCCUGGACUGUGUAUUACUAUGGUCUCCUUCAGAGCUGUCUGCAGCAAGCUGGCCUUCCUGAGACCCAGGACCGCAGCCAGGCACCUUGUACAGGCCGCCCUGGAGCAGAGGUGACCUUGUGCAUUCUGGGUUCCCCCAGCACCUUUCUGUCUCUGUUGCUGGAGGGUGGGGUCCAGAGCCCUGGAAACAUGCUCCUUUGCCUGUCCCCUGCAUGGCUGAUGAAGGUGGUAGCUCCAGGCCAAGAGGGUGAGGCGUCCCUGCUGGUCUCCAAGGCUGUGAGCUUCUAUCCAGGGGGCCUGACAUUCCUGGAUGAUUUUGUUCCCCCUCGGCAUGCCACCUACUUCCUGGCAGGCCUGGGGCCAGAAUCUGGCCAUGGCAGGGAGGCGGCAGAGCUGGCUCGGAACCUCACUUGCCCCACAGGAGCCUCAGCGGAGCUGGCACGACUGCUGGAGGACCGGCUGUUGACGAGGUGGUUGCUGUCCCAGCAGACCGGUGUGGCGGUGCCAGCUACCCUGGCUUUCACUUAUAGGCCUCCAGGGCUGCUUCGGGGAGGGGAUGCCAGCCCUGGACUACGGCUGGUGGAGCUGAGUGGGAAGGAGGGCCAGGAAACACUGGUGAAAGAGGAAAUAGAGGCCUUUGUGCACUCCGAGGCCUUGGGUGAAGCAUCACAGGUGGCUGUGAGGCUUAGCGGCUGGCGCUGGCGGGGACAGCAAGCAUUGCGCCUGCACCUGCGGGUGGAGCCGUCUGCAGUGGUGAACACCGUGCUGGCAUUGCUGGAGAAGCUGGAGGAGGAGGAGAGUGUCCUUGUGGAGGCCAUGUGCCCACCUGCCCGCCUGCCCUUGCCAGGCAGUCCCGCACCUGGCCCCGAGCUGGCUGUGCGCAUCUGCGCAGUGGUGUGUCGGAUUCAGGGUGAUAGGCCCCUACUGAGCAAGGUGGUGUGCGGUGUGGGCCGUGGGGACCAGCUCGUGCGGCAUCACAACACCCUGCCGAGAACACUGGAGGUGGCGCUGGCCCAGUGCGGCCUGGAAGAAGCGGCGCAGGUGGCGCUCCUGGGGCAGCGCAUCAAAGAAGCAGCAGAAGCCGCGUUGGCCGCAGUGCUGGCCCUGGAGGCCGGAUUGAGUGUUGAGCAGCGCGGUGGGCGCCAAGUGCACAUCGACUUCCUCGGCGUGGACUUCGUUCUCACAGUGGCCGGCCGCACGCUGACCCCCGCGGUCCUUAAGCUGAACAGUGGCCUGUGCCUGGAGGCGUGCGGCGCGCUUGAGGGGCUGUGGGCCGCGCCGCGCCUGGGACGCUCGGUGAAGGAGGCGGCGGCAGCAUCGCUGGUGGAGACCAUGCUGCGGCGCUCGGGGCGCCACCUGAUGGAAGGAAAGCAACUGUUGGUGAUCGGCGCCGGCGGCGUCAGCAAGAAGUUCGUGUGGGAGGCGGCGCGCGACUACGGACUGAAGCUGCACCUGGUGGAAUCGGACCCUAACCACUUUGCAUCCCAGCUGGUGCAGACCUUCAUCCACUUCGAUGUGACGGAGCACCGGAGAGAUGAGGAGAACGCACAGCAGCUGGCUGAGCUGGUACGGGCACGCAAUCUGAAGCUAGACGGCUGCUUCUCCUUCUGGGAUGACUGCUUGGUGCUCACCGCUCUGCUCUGCUGUGAGCUGGGUCUGCCCUGCAGCCCCCCAGCUGCCAUGUACCUGGCGAAGCAGAAGAGCCGUACCCAGCUACACCUAUUGCGAUGCCCGGGCCCACCCUGGCCUGCGACCUCCCUCCAUGCUGUGGCCUGCUGCCCAUUGGAGAGUGAGGCUGAUGUGGAGAGAGCCAUCGACCAGGUACCCCUGCCAGGUGUGAUGAAACUGGAGUUUGGCUCAGGAGCGGUGGGUGUGCAGCUGGUAAAGGAUGGGCCCCAGUGCCACGAGCACUUUUCCCGGAUCCUCCAUGACUUGCAGGGUGAAGCUGACCACCCAGGCAUCGGGCUGGGCUGGGGCAAUGCCAUGCUGCUGAUGGAAUUUGUCGAGGGCACAGAGCACGAUGUGGACCUGGUGGUGUUUGGUGGACGGCUGCUGGCUGCUUUUGUCUCUGAUAAUGGCCCCACAAGGCUGCCUGGCUUCACGGAGACUGCAGCCUGCAUGCCCACUGGGCUAGCACCAGAGCAGGAGGCCCAGCUGGUACAGGCAGCUUUUCGCUGCUGCCUGGGCUGUGGGCUGCUAGAUGGAGUUUUCAAUGUGGAGCUCAAGAUGACUGGGGCCGGGCCAAAGCUCAUCGAGAUCAACCCACGCAUGGGAGGGUUCUACCUUCGAGACUGGAUCCUGGAGAUCUAUGGUGUGGAUUUGCUGUUGGCUUCUGCCAUGGUGGCCUGUGGCCUGCAGCCGGCCCUGCCUGCCCACCCUCGUGCCCGUGGCUACCUGGUGGGCAUCAUGUGCCUGGUGUCCCAGCACAUAGAUAUGCUGAGUUCCCCUAGCAGUCGAGAGACUCUGCAAGCCCUCCAUGACCAGGGUCUAUUGCGACUCAACCUGCUGGAGGAGGCCCUGAUACCUGGCCAGUAUGAGGAGCCUUACUGCAAUGUGGCCUGUGCUGGGUCCAGCCCUGCUGAGGCCCGUCUCCGCCUGCUGGGCAUCUGUCAGGGCUUGGGCAUUGACAGACCCAACUACCCAGUUGCCCAUUUCCUGUCUCAUUUCAAAUAGCAGGGAUGAAGUGCUAGGGGGAGGGGUUGUGAUGCUCUGUUUCUCUGCCCCUCCUUCCAAACCUUGCCCAAACAUAGUUCAGCACACUCCUCUGCCUCAGGUCUAUUCCAGAGCAGUAGAGCUAUUUUGACAUCAUAGUCUUCUGGACUCAAGGACCAUAAAACAAAUAUCUGGACGUUUCUGGGUCUUCUUGACUUCCCAAAAGCCUCCAUCUAUUCCCAGGUAUCCCCAGAACUCUAGUGUUGUGGAAUAUUAUUUUAGCUAGGCGAAGAUGUGUUACAUUCGUUUAUGCUGUGGAAUAUUACUUUAACUAUGUAAAAGUGAGUUACAUUUGUUUCUGCUGCCUUUGUUAAUGGUGUAAAGAUGUGUUACAUUUGUUUAUGUUGCAUUUGUUUAAUUAUGUAAAGAUGUGUUAUUUCGCCUUGCCUGCCUAAGGCACCUGAUUGGUCUAAUAGAAAGCCGAGGGGUAUGCAGGGCUCAUUGGCAGAGAGAAUAAGUACGAGGAAAGUUCUAGGCUUGAGAGAGAAGAGGGGGAGAGAACAAGGGAGAAAGAGAGGGACACACCUGGGGCCAGAAGCCAGGCAACUGCCAGCCAGCCAGACACAAAAAGCAGUGAAAGAAAGAAAGAAAGAAAGAAAGAAAGAAAGAAAGAAAGAAAGGUAAAAAGCUAAAAAUCCCUGAGGCAAAACAAAAGAAGAGAAACAGGUUAAGUUAUAAGAGUUAGCAAGAAAGAAGCCUAAACUAUGGCCAAGCUUUCAUAACUAAUAAGAAUUCUCCGUGUCAUGAUAUGAGAGCUGGCUGGUGGCCUAAAAGAUAAAGCCUGGGACACUCUAGCCUUUAAGUAACUAACAAACAGCAGCUUCAUGUCCACACUGUCGUGCCCAGUCCAGAUGGCAGUGGGUCCAAACCCAGGUCUUCCCCACUACCCCUUCAGGUCUGUCUCUUCAUGUCACCUAUAGGAGGAGGGAACCUACAUGGAUCUCUGUCCAUGGUCAAAGCCCAUGAAACCUGAGAUUAGCGUUCCUGUCUAAAGUCUAGGAUAGUUGUAAAGCCUGCUGAAAAUGUCCAGCAGUGCUUCACUGUGACUGUGGCCUGAGCAGCAGGAAUAACCAUCUCCCUUUACACCUCCAGGCAGACACUAAUGUCCCCGUGUCACGGAUGAGGAAGCCAACUCAGUGGAUGUAGACAGGAUGCACAGACCAGCCUUUUCUGUUUACUGUUUUGCUUUUUGGGUUUUGUUUUGUUUUUGAGACAGUCUUGCUCCAGUAGCUUUGGAGCCAGUCCUGGAGCUGGCCUUGAACUCACAGAGAUCUGCCUGUUUCUGCCCCUGAGUGCUGGGAUUAAAGGCGUGCGCCACCACCACCCUGGCCUGUUUACUAUUUUACACACUCAUUCAGCUUCCAGGUCCUACCCACUCAGAAGCAGCACUCGGGCUCCUGACACCUUCCUCUGGUGAACUCCACACGUUCUCUACCAGCUCCGCUGCUUUGCCCUCUGGGUACCUAACUAGCCUGGCUGCAGGACUUCUGUUGGCACUGCCUUCUGCAUUCUGGGAACCUACUCUGAAAAUGCCUGCUUCUGCCCAGCACAGGAACUGUGGACAGCUCCCGAGUCAUGCCUA